AGUGUCCGCCCCCUUAUUCUCGUCCCUGGUUGGUGAGAAACUAGUUCCGCCUCCGGUCGCCAUGCAUCGCUCCGCACGGAACCUGCAGCGCUUCAGCGCGGAUCUGUCGAAGCUGUGGGCCGCGCAGAGAUCCAGCAUCCUCCGGUACAUCUGCCCAGCGCCGGGGCUCCAGCUCAAGCCGCUCAGAAUGGCCAGCUCAGAGUCGUUCAGGAUCGAGAGCGACACGUUCGGGGAGCUCAGAGUCCCUUCUGAUAAAUAUUAUGGAGCUCAGACGGUCAGAUCAACCAUGAACUUCAAGAUCGGAGGAGCCUCAGAGAGAAUGCCAAUUCAAGUCAUCAAAGCCUUUGGGAUCCUGAAGAAAGCUGCUGCAGACGUGAAUAAAGAUUACGGUUUGGACCCAAAGAUCGCAGACGCCAUCAUAAAAGCUGCUGAAGAGGUGAUUUCAUCUCGUAACAUCAAUACAGGCACUUGUACUGUUUGUAUUUAUUCUGCUUCCUCGUCCGCAGGUCUUCCGUUCGUCACGGCGGCUAAUAAGUUCGAGGCUCUGGCGGCCCAUGAUGCACUGGUGGAACUGAGCGGCGCUCUGAACACCGUCUCCGUCAGCAUGAUGAAGAUCGCCAACGACAUCCGCUUCCUGGGAUCCGGACCUCGCUCGGGUCUCGGAGAGCUGAUCCUGCCUGAGAACGAGCCCGGCUCCAGCAUCAUGCCCGGGAAGGUGAACCCCACGCAGUGUGAGGCCAUGACUAUGGUAGCAGCUCAGGUGAUGGGAAACCACGUGGCUGUUACUGUCGGAGGAAGCAACGGACACUUUGAGCUCAACGUGUUCAAGCCGAUGAUCAUUAAAAACGUGCUGAAUUCUGCCCGGCUGCUGGGUGACGCUUCGGUUUCAUUCACUAAUAACUGUGUGUCUGGAAUCGAGGCCAAUACAGAGAGAAUCAACAAGCUGAUGAACGAGUCUCUGAUGCUGGUCACGGCGCUGAACCCUCACAUAGGUUAUGAUAAAGCUGCCACUAUUGCAAAGACUGCGCACAAAGAAGGCUUGACUCUGAAAGCCACGGCCGUCAAGCUGGGCUUCCUGACAGACGAGCAGUUUGAGCAGUGGGUGCGACCGCAGGACAUGCUGGGACCCAAAUAGAUCAGAACCACGGGACGCCUGGAUAAAGGUCACGGGAAUGAUGCGUUUGUAGAAUAAAACACCCGUUUCAUUCAAA